GUUAUUCGCAAUUCCAAACACCCCGGUGAAAAGAAAACCUUAACACACCCAAACAGUCACUUAAAACCCUCUCGAACAUGGAAAAAAACCCUUGGAGAAAGCGGGGGAAGACAACACAAUGAUGGACGACGAUCAAUCGCAGCCGUUGGUAGUCAAUCACUCGCCGGAUAAAACCCCUGAAUCUCCCCGGCGGCCCUUGAAGAUUGCCAAAUUUUCACAAGAAGACGAAAACAAAACAAUGGGGCAAAACCCUAGCACGAUCCAAAGGUACUUGGUUGCAGUGGAGUAUAUUGGAACUCGAUAUUCUGGUGCUCAACAACAAUCACCUAAAUUCAGGACCGUUGCUGGUGUUCUCGAGAGCGCAUUUCACAAGUUCAUUGGUCAGCCGGUUUCCAUUUUUUUCUCGAGUCGGACGGAUACAGGAGUGCAUGCUUUAUCAAAUGUUUGUCAUGUAGAUGUAGAACGGAUAAGCAAAAGAAAACCUGGUGAAGUGCUGCCACCUCAUGAACCCUCUGUCGUCAAGAAAGCUGUCAACCAUUUUUUACAGAAGUAUGAAGGUGAUAUAAUGAUUACUGAUGUUCGAUGUGUUGCGGCCGACUUUCAUGCUAGAUAUAAAGCUCAAGAGCGAACUUAUUUCUAUCGACUGCUAUCAGGUCCAGAAUCUUUAUCUACCUUUGAGAAAGGUAGGGCAUGGCAUGUAGAGGAGGAGCUAGAUCUUCCGGCAAUGCAGGAAGCUUGCAAAGUUCUUGUGGGACAUCAUGAUUUCAGUUCUUUCCGAGCUUCUGGUUGUCAGGCGAAAUCACCAAUCAGAAACUUAGAUGAACUUAAUGUUAUUGAGGUUUCCCCAUCUCCAUAUUUCCCAUCAGCAAAGGAGAGGGAAACACAUAAUUCCUUAUCUUGUAGUUCUACUCAAAAUAAAGCUGAAUGGUCUAUUGGUGAGGACAGUCGAGGAUUUGGCAUGAUGAGAAGGCAUCGUUCCUUUGUGGUUACUGCACGUGCGCGCUCUUUUCUUUACCAUCAGGUGAGAUUACUUGUUGGUGCUAUAAAAUCUGUUGGCACUGGAGAUUUGAUGGUUUCAGAUGUGGAACGGAUCCUGGAAGCAAAGACGGUAACUGCUAAUGGUCCUAUGGCUCCUGCUCAAGGUCUGUACCUUGCACAUGUCAAAUACGAUCUCCCAUGAAAUGGGCAUGUUGUUUGUUACACCACCAAUCUGCUUGCUAUUUGUGAGCAAACCGAUGAGAUUUUUGCGCAGGUUUGCUGUCAUCAGGUACACUUUUUGUCGAAUACAUUUACAAGGGAUAACUGGUUUGUUCUAAUUGGCAAUUUAAUAGCAUCAUGCUGUAUCUUCAUUUAUACGCAAUUUAGAAAUCCAGUUUUAGGCUGAUUUACUUUAA